AUGGUUGAAAAAUUUGUUGGCACCUGGAAGAUUGAAGAAAGCAAGAAUUUUGGCAAUUACCUGAAAGCUAUUGGAGCUCCUCAGCCAUUAAGCGAUGGUGGAGAUAAGACGUCACCGACGUUAUACAUCAGCCAGAAGGACGGAGACAAAAUGAACGUGGUGAUAGAGAACGGGUCUCCCACGUUUCUCAACACUGAGGUGAAGUUCACACUGGGGGAGGAGUUUGACGAGAUCCCUUCUGAUGGCAGGACAGACGUACGAUCUGUCGUGACCUUUGAAGAAGGCAAGCUGGUGUACCUGCAGAAGUGGGGCGGUGGCAAGGAGACCACGUCGGUGCGAGACAUCGUAGGCGACAAGCUGGUCGUGACACUUACGUCUGGAGACGUAGUAGCAGUGCGCAAGUACCACAAGGCAUGA